UACUGUAAUUUUCAACAGAUAUAAAUUUUACAAAAACAUACUAAAAUAAGGCUUGAAUUAAUUAGCUACUUAUAUUCUGAAAAAUGGCAUGUUGUGAAAACGUUGAUGAUAAAAUUCCAUCAGAAGCACGACCAGAAGACAAUACAAUGAAAAAACCUACUUGCAUUAUAGUUCUUGGGAUGGCAGGAUCUGGAAAAACAACAUUUGUUCAGAGAAUUACAGCUUGCCUUCAUGCAAAAAAGAAGCCUCCUUAUGUCAUUAAUUUAGAUCCUGCAGUCCAUGAAGUACCUUUUCCAGCAAAUAUUGAUAUCCGAGACACAGUUAAUUACAAAGAAGUGAUGAAACAGUAUUCCUUAGGACCAAAUGGAGGGAUAGUGACUUCACUUAAUUUAUUUGCUACAAGAUUUGAUCAGGUCAUGAAAUUUGUUGAUGAGAAAAGUUCAGAAACUGAAUAUAUAAUAUUGGACACACCAGGUCAGAUUGAAGUAUUUACCUGGUCAGCGUCUGGAACUAUUAUAACAGAAACAUUAGCAUCCUCUGUACCAACAGUUAUAGUUUAUUGUAUGGAUACGUCCAGAAGUGUCAAUCCUGUUACAUUUAUGUCCAAUAUGUUAUAUGCCUGUAGUAUUCUGUAUAAAACAAAGCUUCCUUUUAUAGUUGUUAUGAACAAAAUAGAUAUUGUGAACAAUAGUUUUGCAGUAGAAUGGAUGAGAGAUUUUGAGACAUUUCAAGAAGCUUUAGAACAUGAGACGUCAUAUGUUUCUAACUUAACAAGAUCCAUGAGUCUGGUGCUAGAUGAGUUUUAUAAUAAUUUACGGAAUGUUGGUGUGUCUUCAGUGACAGGUGAAGGUAUAGAGGAAUUCUUUAAACUAGUAGAUGAUGCUGCUGAAGAAUAUGAAAGGGAUUACAGACCACAAUAUGAAAAAUUAAAACGAGAGAAAGAAGAAGAGAAACUAAAACAAACACAAGAACAGUUGUCACAGUUAAACAAAGAUAUGGAUGAAAAAGGUAAAUUAAGUACUGGUAUCACAAUAACACCUGGAUGUCAAGACGAAGAUAGUGAUGAGGAAUUACAAUGUACUAUGGAAGAAGAAGAUGAAGAAGAAAAAGCGGAGUACCAUUCAUUUAAAAGAUUUCUACAAGCACAAAAAGACAGACAGCAACAGAAAUGUGAUACAAAAACAGACAUUUCUCAAAAUAAAGAUGAAAAAACAUAAA